AUGUCCACUAAAGUUGUUAAUGUUGCCGUUAUCGGUGCCGGUGUCGUUGGUUCAUCUUUUUUGGAUCAAUUGUUGGCCAUGAAGUCUAGCAUUACUUAUAACUUGGUUCUUUUGGGUGAAGCUGAACGUUCGUUGAUUUCUAAGGACUUUUCUCCAUUGAACGUUGGCUCUGACUGGAAGGCUGCUUUGGCUGCUGCCACCGACAAGACAUUGCCAUUGGACGAUUUGAUUGCCCAUUUGAAGACUUCCCCUAAGCCAGUCAUUUUGGUAGAUAACACUUCUAGUGCUUACAUUGCUGGUUUUUACACCAAGUUUGUCGAAAAUGGUAUUUCUAUUGCUACUCCAAACAAGAAGGCCUUUUCCUCCGAUUUGGCUACCUGGAAGGCUCUUUUCUCAAAUAAGCCAACCAACGGUUUGGUCUACCAUGAAGCCACUGUCGGUGCUGGUUUGCCUAUUAUUAGUUUUUUGAAAGAAAUCAUUCAAACUGGCGACGAAGUUGAAAAAAUCGAAGGUAUCUUCUCUGGUACUUUAUCCUACAUUUUCAACGAAUUCUCCACUAGUGAAGCCAACGACAUCAAAUUUUCUGACGUUGUCAAGGUUGCUAAGAAUUUAGGUUACACGGAACCAGACCCAAGAGAUGAUUUAAAUGGGUUGGACGUUGCCAGAAAGGUUACCAUUGUUGGUAGAAUAUCUGGUGUUGAGGUGGAAUCACCAACUUCCUUUCCAGUCCAGUCUUUGAUCCCAAAGCCAUUGGAAUCUAUUGAAUCCGCUGAUGAAUUUUUGGAAAAGUUAUCUGAUUAUGACAAAGAUUUGACUCAAUUGAAGAAAGAGGCCGCAACUGAAAACAAGGUAUUGAGAUUUAUUGGUAAAGUUGAUGUUGCCACCAAAUCUGUUUCUGUGGGAAUUGAAAAGUAUGACUAUUCUCACCCAUUCGCUUCAUUGAAGGGCUCUGACAAUGUUAUUUCUAUCAAAACUAAGCGUUACACCAAUCCUGUUGUCAUUCAAGGUGCCGGUGCAGGCGCUGCUGUUACUGCCGCCGGUGUCUUGGGUGAUGUAAUCAAGAUUGCUCAAAGACUUUAG